AUGGGUUCCGUUUCCCCCAAACCGACCAUCCUCUACGUCGGCCCGCCCAUCGUCUUCGCCCACGAUGCCUGGGCCGCAUUCACCAAGAACUUCAACGUCCUCUUCUACGACCUCCACUCGAAAGAAGAGGUAAUCACCGCCUUCUCGGAAGGAGGGAAAUACUCCAAAAUUGGCGGCAUCGUUCGACCGAACAUCGGUCCCCAUCUCCUACCCUCAAUGGACAAAGAGCUGAUCAGCCACCUGCCCGCCUCCUGCAAGAUCAUCUCAUACUGCAACCACGGCUACGACGGGGAAGAUACAAAGGAAUUAGAGCGGAAGGGGAUCUGGUACUGCAAUGGUGCAGGAGGUGCCACGAACGCAACGGCGGAUAUGGCUUUGUUCCUUAUCCUGGCGGCGUACCGAUACACGACUUUCUGCGAGCAUCAGCUCCGGACGAUCGGGUCGGCGGACUAUUCCGCCGUCGAAGAUGUCUGUAACGGAUCCUACGAUCCUAAUGGUGGUAUUCUCGGGGUGAUCGGUCUGGGAGAGAUCGGUACCGCUGCUGCAACGCGAGCUCGUGUGCUUGGCAUGUCGAUUCACUACUUCAACCGGACGAGGAAGCCAGAAGCUGAGAAGGCACUGGGUGGUGCUGAAUAUCACAAGGAUCUGGAGUCCUUGUUGAGGAUAUCUGACUGCGUACUUGUUGCCUGCCCUCAUUCGCAAGAGACGCAUCAUCUUCUGAACAAGGAGACGUUCAAGCUGAUGAAGAAGGGGUCCCGGGUCGUCAAUAUUGCUCGCGGAAAGGUCAUCGACGAGGAAGCCCUGGUGGAUGCGUUGGAGGAUGGGACGAUUUCCAGCGUUGGACUGGAUGUAUUCCACGAUGAACCGGCCAUCCACCCGAAGCUGGUGAGCAAUUGGAAAGUUACCUUGGUGCCCCAUAUUGGUGGAAGCACGGUAGGCACACUACAGAAAUUCGAGGAAAUCGCCCUGAAAAAUAUUGAGGCUUUCUUCCUGGGAGACGGCAAGCCUUUGACGCCGAUAAACAACGUGUGUAAGAACAUAGAGGCGAAGUUCUAG